AUGGCUCGCAACAAAUACUAUCGAAAGCCGAAAUUUGGCUCAAAAGAAUAUUUCAUCACAAAGAUUCAGAAAUUUCGAAGGAACAAAGGACGAUCGAGUGCCUAUGCAAUGAUCAUGUAUGGUGUGAUACUAAACGUCAUUGGAACGGGGCUCGGUUUGAUCAAAGCCUCACUUGAUCGAGAUGUCAUUCAAUCACAAAUUGAACAGAAUUUUGCGGCAGCUGGAAUCAAGCUAAACAAAACGUCGGAAGAUGGAGUGACGCCGAAUAAUGAUGGAGGUGAUGGUGGGACAGUGAUUGUCGAUGCCGGUCCAUCUCCUGUACUUCUUGUAUUUGUCACAAUGUUUGGUCGAAUGUGUAAUGUUGUGGGGACAAUCAAGAUUUUCAAGGGAAUCGAGCGUCUUAUUUCGAAUCGCCGAAAAAAGAAACUCAAAGAAACAACGGAACGGUUGAAAAACGGAGAGACUCAGGCGGAAGCAACCGAAAUGUUGGCUGAUUGCUGCCAAGGAUGCGUUUUC